AUGGAAGAUACAGUGCCGAUAAUAGAUUUCUCUGCCUAUGGUUUGCAAAUAACAAACAAGGAAUCAGUGGCGGAUUCGGAUUUAGAAACACUUGCAGCCAACGUCUACCACGCAUUGAGCACAGUCGGGUUUCUAUACAUUAAAAAUCACGGAUUGCCACAAGAGAAGAUUGACGAGUUCUUUAGGAUUAACAAAACUUUCUUUACCCAACCGACAUCAGUAAAGACAACAUGUGCAUCUCGGACCGGUGGAUUCCAUGGAUACCAAGCUUUUGCAAUGGAACGAUUGGAUGUGUCAAAGCCGGGAGACCUCAAGGAAUUUUUUAACUACAAGUCAUAUGAAGGAUCUCUUGACAUUCAAUGGCCAGUCAGUGUGCCUGGAAUGGAGGCUGCUUAUGGAGAGUUCUUUGAGCAGAGCACCAAGCUGGCACUCCGGAUCCUUGACGUCAUAUCGCUUUGUAUUGGGUUGUCGGAUAGGAAUUUUCUCCGUAAUUGUCAUCAAAGCUUUGGAAGCAAGAAGAGCCCCGGUACCCUAAGAAGCCUAUACUAUCCUAUUCUACCUGCGGGGGCCUCUGUAAAGCCUGGCCAGUUGAGGUGUGGCGAGCACAGCGACUACGGGACUGUAACCCUCCUAUUUCAGGACCAGUGUGGUGGGCUGGAGAUUGUUUCACCAAUUGGAGCGUUCAUGCCAGUCAUUCCAAUUGAAGGCACUAUAGUCGUCAAUAUUGGAGACCUCAUGCAGAGAUGGACCGCCGACAAACUAAAAGCUACGGUCCACCGAGUGAUCAUCCCACACCACGAGAAGAUGAAGGCUUGUUGUCGACAGUCUGUUGCCCUGUUUGUGGAUCCUGACGAUGAGGUUGUUAUUGAGUGUCUGGAUGGGUCCAACAAAUAUAAACCCGUCACGUCCCGUGACUAUGUCGACGGAAGACUACGAGCCACAUACCAGCCUGCCUGAUCUUACAGUCAAUCCUUUACGUAGCCGACCUUUGCUCUCUCAGAGUGGAUUACCCGUUUUCUUGAUGUUUCCACAAAUUGUAAUCGUCUGUAUGUAGCGAAAUAGCAGGGACGAACCAGUUGAAGGCUAUAUGCUUACUAACACAAGUUUGUUUGCGUGUGUUUGCAACUGUUGCUUGAGUCAGUUUUGUUUCACGCCGCUUUUAGUUAUAUUCCAGCAACAUUACGGCGGGGGACACCAGAAACGGGCUUCACACAUUGUACACAUGUAGGGAAUCGAACCCGGGCCUUCGGCUACUCCACCGCCGUACGAUCGCGACAAUAUCAUAAGCAUGUGUUUAUGAAUCACAAUGGUGAUGAUACCAAGUGUUUGCGAAAAGGUGAGGGAGUCCUCC